UCCGUAGCGUGAGCAAUGCAAUUUUAUUGUGAAAAAAAAGUUUGUUAAAAUUCAAUUGAAAAUUAAAAUAUCUGUUAAAAUAAUUCUAGUUUGUUUUUUUAAAAUUAGUGUAAAUAGGAUUAAUAAUAAAUUUAUAAAAGUAUUUUUUGCAUUAAAAAAAAAUAAUGUAUUGAAUAUCAUAUAAAAUCAAUGAAUAUUUCUUGACUUUAAUAUUGUUGAAAUAAUGAAACUUAAUUUAUUUUCGUGUAUUACGAAUAGUGAUGAGAAAAAAAGUGAAAAAGCGUACAGUUACGAUGUGAAUAAGCAACAUGGGAGUCAAGCUUUACAAUUUAUUGCAGCAAUCAGUGCGUGCAUCUCAGGAAUUGGAUUCGGUGCAUGUGAAACAUGGACAUCGCCAGCUCUGCCGUAUCUAAAGAGCAAGAAAUCCGAAUUUCCGGUCUCUGUCGUUCAAGGCUCAUGGAUAGCAUCAUUAUUCAGUCUCGGUGGAAUUUUUGGCUAUCUAAUCUAUCCACUUCUUGUAAAUCGAAUAGGACGGAAAAAUUCUCUACUUUUAUUUUCCCUACCGCAAAUAAUUGGAUGGAUGACGACAAUAUUUGCAAAAAAUUACAUUACUCUCUAUAUAUCGCGUGUAAUCAGUGGAAUUGGUUAUUGUUCAUCGCUUGGAUUAUUGGUGAUUUAUCUUGGUGAAAUUGCCGACAAGGACAUUAGAGGAAUUUUAUUAUUUAUUAUAAAAAUUUCCUAUGACAUUGGUAUUCUUGUUGUUGCAGUGGCAGGUGCUUUUUUAUCAUAUAACAAAAUGAAUUGUGUAAUGCUUACAUUGCCAAUAUUUUUCCUCGCUACUUUUCUAUUUAUGCCAGAAACACCAUAUUAUUAUCUUUUGCGUGGUAAUGAUAAAAUGGCAAUAAAAAGUUUAAUGAAACUUCAAGGUUUCAAGAAUUCCGAUCAAGUUAAAGUUGAAAUUGAACGAAUGAAAUUGGCAACGCAUGAUGAAAAUUUACAUAAGGAAAAUAGUUUAUGGAAAUUGUUUAAGCAUAGAAAACAUCGUAAGGCAUUAAUGAUUGCACUAUGUGCUGAUAUAACUAAAGUAUUUUCUGGCUAUUUUGCCAUUUUAACUUAUACACAAACUAUUUUUCAAUAUAAUAAAUCAUCACUUGAUCCAAAAUAUGCGACAAUUAUUAUGGUGGUUGUGAAAAUAAUUUCUGGAUUAAUUGCCUCGCAGCUCAUUGAUUCUGUUGGUAGAAGAAUUUUGGUUAUUUUCUCGGGAAUAUUUGCAUCAAUAUCAUUGGGUAUUGUUGGAACAUUUUAUUAUUUACAAUAUUUGCGAGUUGAUUUUUUACCCAUGAUUAGUUGGUUACCACUAUUUGGUUUAACAUGUUUUGAAGUGUUUUGCGCUUUUGGAGUGAGUCCCAUGCCAUUUGUAUUGCUUGGAGAACUUUUUCCAACUGAUGUUAAAGGACCGGCGACUGCAUGUGUCACAAUAAUCACGGAAUUUUUACUUUUUAUUGUCACAUUUGGUUUUGAGGUACUCAAUAAAGCGGAGGGUAUUUACACGAGUUUUUGGAUAUAUACUGUUUGUUGUUUCAUUGGAUCGAUAACAUUAUUUUUUGUCAUGCCUGAAACGAAAGGUCGAAAUCUCGAGGAAAUUCAACAUAUUCUAAUGGAGAAACGAAAAUCUCCCAAAACGCCCGCACUCUAAAGUUAUUAAUUAUUUAUAAUUAAAUAUGUGACCGAACAAUGUAGUGGGCAAUACAUUUCUUUAAGUUUGAACAAAUUUUGCAAAAAAAAAAAAAUAUAUGUUUUUAAAAUUUAAUACCUUUUUCGGUUACUCUAUUGUAUAUAUCAUAAUAAUGCGAAUUUAUAGAAUUUCCGUGAAAUUCUAAUUAAUUUUUGUAAAAAAAGUAAGAAACAAUUUUCUAAUCGAGCGAUUAGAAAUAAUCCAAUGAUGAGUGAUUGCAUUUUUUCAAUAAUAAAUGAUAAAUAAAUAAAUGUGUGAAAGAACAAAUUUUUAAUAAUAAAAAUCAAGAAUUUGUGAUGAUGUUAAAGACUUCGCGAGAAAAUAUUUAGGAUUGUAAAUCUUGAAAUAUAUUAUAUUCUAUCCUUAUCCAUUUUA